UUCCCUCUGCUUCCUGCGCACUAGCUGCUGUGUCAGACAGCUGCCCCAGUGUUGAAGAGACAGCGUAUUGCUGGUGGCCAUGGCCCUCUUAACUUUCACCUCUAUCGUCCUCCUGUUACAGCCAUCCGUCGCCACUGCCCUGAUCUGUACCAGGGUCUCAGGACGCAUGAGGCAGAUCGAUGCCAGCAAUGGGCAGGUGUACGGUGUGGGGCUAAACAACAGGGGAUACACGUGGGUGGGGGGCCACUGGAUGCUGCUCGCUGAAACCGGAGCCCUGGCCCACAUAUCGGUGGGUCCAGUCGGAGUCUGGGCUGUGGGCACUGGCCAGGAACUAUACCGGAUGGUGGAGGGGCGAUGGGCGAUACUGGCAGGGCUGCUGUCGCAGGUGGACACGGGCGGUAACCAGAUCGUGGUGGGGGUGGACAGUGAGCGCCAAGUCUUCUGCUCCAACCGACGUGCCGCCAUCUCCGCCAGCAAUUUCUCGGGACCCGCAUAUUCGCAGCUGCCGGGCCGCCUCCGCUACUACUCCUGCGGCCCCCGCACCUGCUGGGGCAUCGCUACCUCAGGGACCACCCAGGUGCGGCUGGGGGUCCACCCCCAGCGCUGCGUGGGGAGCCGCUGGCGUCGCGUCCCCUCCAGCAUGGUCAUGGUCGAGGUUGCGUCGGACGGCAGUGUCUACGCCGUGGACAGCUCGGGCGAAGUCUUCCGCAGAGCUGGGAUAACUCAUUCUAACCCGGUGGGAACCCACUGGAAGAGGGUGCACAUCCUGGGGAGAAGAUUCCGGCACGUGACGGCCGACCUGGGAGCUCUCUGGCUGAUCGAGAGGAACUUUAACGUCGUACGUUGUCGCUGAUAGAUUUACGUCCUGCAGAGAACACGAGGGAGACUCCCAUUGCCCCGUUCUCGGGGGUUUCUCAAUAAAUUACAGGCAACUCACCUCCUCCCUCGCAAGUUGAUCUUUGAAUCAGGAAAGAUUUGGCGAUGGACGGGGAGGGGGUGC